CAGAAGAAGGUGACAAAGACGACGAAAGAACAAGAAGAGGAGGAGAAAGCCGAGGCGGCCGAUUGGUCCUUUUUAAGCAGUUGAGAUUUGCCGGCGUGGUUCUGACUUACUUACAUUGGUGCCCCCCACUUCUUUCUACGUUCCUGUGUAGUCUUCCCGCUUCUGCGCAGCUCGACCCGACCAAAGCCACCCAGCCUGCCCCCUCUGUGUCUGUUUACCCCUCGUGAGCAGCAUGUCUGAUUUCGGCGGUUUGCCGACGAACGGAGUCGGUGCUGGGAUGAAAAACGACGCUUUUGCCGAUGCAGUACAACGAGCCAGACAGAUUGCAGCUAAAAUAGGUGGAGAUGGUGUCCCCGCAGCAAGUAACAACGGAGGUGCUGAGGCUUAUCCAUUCAAGGCACAAAAACGUUCUUUGGAAGAAGCAGAUGAACCUGACGCCAAGAAGGUAGCGCCUCAGAGUGACAGAGAUUCUGCUUUGUCUAUUGGUCCUAAGCUGGCUGCUUUGUCCCAACAAAGUGUCAGACCCUCUACAAUGUCGGAAGAUUACAAAGUCCCUGAUGCCAUGGUGGGUCUCGUCAUUGGCCGAGGAGGUGAACAGAUUAACAAAAUACAACAGGAUUCUGGCUGUAAAGUCCAAAUUGCUCAUGACACUGUAGGACUUCCAGAAAGAAGCAUCUCUCUGACUGGAUCACCAGAUGCCAUACAGAGAGCCAAAGCAUUGAUAGAGGACAUAGUGUCCAGGGGGCACGAAACGACCAAUGGGCAGACGGGUUCCAUGCAGGAGAUGAUCAUCCCUGCGGGAAAGGCUGGCCUCAUUAUAGGCAAAGGAGGAGAGACCAUUAGACAGCUACAGGAACGAGCUGGAGUUAAAAUGAUCCUUAUUCAAGAUGGUUCCCAGCCACCAAAUGUUGAUAAACCCCUCCGCAUCAUUGGAGACCCCUACAAAGUGCAGCAAGCAAAAGAUAUGGUCAACGAGAUUCUACGAGAAAGGGAUCAUGCUGGCUUCGGAGAAAGGAGUGAAUAUGGAUCAAGGAUGGGAGGUGGUGGCGGCGGAGGAGGAGGCAUUGAUAUUGCUGUACCCCGCCACUCAGUGGGAGUUGUGAUUGGCCGUAGUGGAGAGAUGAUUAAGAAAAUCCAGGCGGAUACUGGAGUGAAGAUACAGUUUAAACCAGAUGAUGGCACAGGUCCUGAUAAAAUAGCCCAUAUUAUGGGUCCACCAGACCAAUGUCAACAUGCUGCUUCAGUCAUUACUGAACUGCUACAGAGCAUCCGUGACAGGGAGGAAGGUGGACAGGGGGGCCCGCCAGGUGCUGGAUCAGGGAUGCCGCCUGGAGGACGAGGCCGGGGUCGAGGGCAGGGCAACUGGGGUGGUCCUCCGGGAGGAGGGAUGACCUUCUCCAUUCCUGCUCACAAAUGUGGGCUGGUCAUUGGCAGAGGAGGAGAGAAUGUCAAGUCCAUCAACCAACAAACUGGGGCAUUUGUGGAAAUAUCCAAUCAGCCACCACCCAACGGUGACCCUAACUUCAAAUUGUUCACCAUCCGAGGGUCCCCUCAACAGAUUGACCAUGCGAAGCAGCUCAUAGAAGAAAAGAUAGAGGCUCCAUUGUGUCCAGUGGGUGGUGGUGGUCCUGGUCCAGGAGGUCCUGGAGGUCCAGUAGGUCCAGGAGGUCCUGGGGGUCCAGGUGGUCCAAUGGGUCCCUAUAACCCCAACCCAUAUAAUGCCGGGCCCCCUGGUGGUGCACCCCAUGGAGCUGCACCUAGUGGUCCCCAGUAUUAUCAGAAUUGGGGAAAUAACUACCAGCAGUGGCAAGCCCCGGGUCCCCAUGACCCCAAUAAGGCAGCAGCAGACCCCAAUGCAGCAUGGGCAGCAUACUAUGCACAAUAUUAUGCGCAAUAUAAUAAUGGCCAGCAGCCAGGGGGUGCUAUGCCAGCCCAGGCCCCAGGAGCUGGUCCAGCAGCAGCACCAGGAGACCAGAGCCAAGCAGCACAGGCCCAAGGAGGCCAGCCAGACUACACUAAGGCCUGGGAGGAGUACUAUAAGAAGAUGGGCAUGACUCAACCAGCUGCGGGUGCAGCGGGUGCAGCAGCGGCUCCAGCAGCAGCAGCAGCAGCAGCAACAGGAGGAGGAGGUGGAGGAGCUGCAGGUGGAGGUCAGCAGGACUACAGUGCCGCCUGGGCUGAGUACUACAGACAGCAGGCAGCCUAUUAUGGACAGCCAGACCAGUCGCCUGGACAGGCACCUGGUCAGCAGCCAGGACAGCAGGCCCAGUAAACGAGUGGUUUGCUGUUUUGGACCGCUGCAUCGAUUCUCUGGACUUGUGUUUUUUGUCAAGAAAAUUUCUUUUUUGGAGUCAAAAAGACAUGACCAUGAUCCACCCACAUAUUUUCUAUUUCAAACCUCCUUGUUUGUUUUUUAAAA